AUGAACCUCGCGUCCGCGGUGCUUGUGUUCUUGGCCUACUGCCUGCUGCUCCACCGGUGCAUGGGGUCAGAGUACGAAGAGGCCGGAGGCGUGUUCGAUCAGGGGGGCCACGGCGUCAGCCUCACCCGCCUCGACGAGGCCAGGGCGCCGUCGAGGUGCGCCGCGCGGUCGCCCCCGUCCGGCGCGGCCAGCCUCCCGCCGAAGCCGCUGCUCGUCGCCGCGCCGCGCGAGGCCGGGGAGUACCCGGUGCUCCUCUUCCUGCACGGCUACCUCGCCGUCAACUCCUUCUACUCCCAGCUGUUCCAGCACGUGGCCUCCCAUGGCUUCAUCGUCGUCGGACCUCAGCUGUACACCAUAUCCGGGCCCGACACCACCGAGGAGAUCAACGCAGCGGCGGCCGUCAUUGACUGGCUCGCCACCGGGCUCCCGUCGGCUCUGCCACCCGGCGUCCGCGCGGACCUAACCAAGGUGUCCGUCUCCGGCCACAGCCGCGGCGGGAAGGUGGCGUUCGCGCUGGCGCUGGGCCACGCCAAGGCCAAGCUCGCGCUCCCUCUCGCCGCCCUCGUCGCCGUGGACCCCGUGGACGGCAUGGGCGUGGGCAAGCAGACGCCGCCGCCGGUCCUCACGGGCAGGAAUCGCUCGCUGCACGUGGGGGCCCCCGCCAUGGUCAUCGGCACGGGGCUCGGCGAGCUGCCCCGCGGGCCGCUGCUCCCGCCAUGCGCGCCCCGGGGCGUCAGCCACGCGGCCUUCUACGACGAGCUGGACCGCGCGGCGCCGGCGUGCCACCUGGUGGCCAGGGACUACGGGCACACGGACAUGAUGGACAACGACACGCCGGGCGCCAGGGGGAUGCUCACGCGCACCGUCUGCAGGAGCGGCGGGGCCAGGGCGCCCAUGCGACGGUUCGUGGCCGGCGCCACCGUCGCGUUCCUCAACAAGUGGGUGGCCGGGGACGCCGCGGCGUUGGACGGCAUCAGGGCGCGGCCGGACCAGGCCCCCGUCGCGCUGUCCGUGGUGGAGUUUCGGGAUGAGAAAGCAAUAGAGGACCUGUGA